AUAUUUGUUACCGAAGUGUGAGUCUAUGUUCGUGCUUCACGUUGCCGUAAUUAGUAAGUGAUUAUAGCGGUGAAUGCUUGUCUUUAUUAAAUUUGUUUAUUUGCUUUGGUUGGUAUUGAGAUUAUCGUAGCGAUUUCAUUGCUCGGUAAGAAACAGGAUUGAUUUGCUAUCGCACUCUGGGUGGUGUAUUGUCUCCUUCGAUCUACUCCUGACUCUCUCUUUAUCCUUUUUCCUUCUCCGGGGCCUGCCUUUCUGUGUUGUCAGUCACCGUAACGGGCACUACAGGUGUGAAGAGUGUUAUCCCUUCUCCUUCCUUUUAGAUCGUCGUGGACAUACGCCUGAUGGAUAAAUGUGCCUGUUGUAAUCGCCAGUGCGAACAGCAUCGCACUGUGAGGUGCUGCGUCUGUAGCAAGAUAUUUAAUAUUAGUUGUGUCGAUGUCUCUGCGGCUGAGGCGCGCAAGGUUCAUGCGGGGAAGGGUCUCUCUUUCUCAUGCGUCUCGUGCGUUUCAUUGGGGAAUGACUUAAACAGUCUGAAAGCCGUUAUACUCUCUCUCCAGAAGGAUAUUGCUGCUCUGAAAUCAAAUGUUACUCCGCCGUCUUCACAUUCUUUAACUGAUUUUGAUUCUGAAAAAAUUAUACACGAAGUGAUGGAACGCGAGCGUAGGAAGAAUAAUCUGAUGAUUUAUAAUAUUCCAGAAUCCCACGGUUUAUCACGAAAAGAACAAGGUGAUGCGGAUGUUGCCUUUCUAAGCAAACUAUUUACGCAUUUGGGGGUUACUGAACCUAUUAUUCAGCCUUUUCGCUGUGGUAAAUUUGACGCUUCUAAUACCGCGAGAUCUAGGCCUAUACGAGUAAAAUUAUCAGAUCAUAAUUCUUUUAAGCUUAUUUUUCGUAAUAUGCGGAAUUUGAAAUCUCAUAAUGAAUUUAAGAACAUCUCUGUCUCGAAUGAUCGUACUCCUUUCCAGGUUGAUCUUUAUAGGAGGGCGAGGACUGAAUUAAAAACAAGAACUGAGUCUGGCGAAAAGGAUUUGAUACUAAAGUACAUCCGUGGCAUUCCCUCAAUUGUCAAGGCUUCGGAAAACUGAUUUUGCCCAACAAAAUGUGUCAAUCUGUUAAUGUAUACUAUCAAAAUGUUAAUGGUCUUCGUACAAAAACGCGUGAAUUUUAUGUUAAUUGUUCUGAUUGUACCUAUGAUUUGAUUGCUCUAUCGGAAACUAAUUUAAAUUCGGAUCUUGGAUCUAAUGAAUUAUUCGUGGAUAAGUACAGAGUCUUACGAGCUGAUCGUAAGUUUGAUUUGGUUGGACAUAACAGAGGUGGUGGAGUUCUGCUUGCUGUAGCUAGUCAUCAUGAUGUUGAGCUGGUUGAUUCUAUAGACAUUCAGGCUUUAGUACCACUUGUCGAUGUGUUGAUUUGCAAGUGCUCUUUAUGGUCUGUGACCUUAUAUAUCGUGGUGUUGUACAUACCUCCUGAUAAUCCGCAACCUGAUUUACUAUGUUUCUUGGACGCCCUAGAACAUAAAGUUUUGAAUUAUCCUGUCCUUAUCCUUGGUGAUUUUAAUUUGCCUGAAUAUAUUAAGGCGCCUGGUAUGUCAACCAAAUGUGGAAAAACGGAGUUAUUUCGUAACUUUUGUGAUUUUCUGGACCUUCGCCAACUCAAUCAUGUACUGAACUGUGACAAUCGUCUAUUGGAUUUGGUUCUGACAAAUACUGACCAUCAGUUUGAUCUUGUUCAUGAUGAUUGUCCCUUCGUCUACGAGGAUCAGUACCAUCCUGCCUUAGAUAUUACAAUGAAUUUACUGACGGCAAAUGAUGGUUUGCCGAACUUUCCGUCUUUGGGUGGUCGAUAUAAUUUUCGAAGAGCCAACUUUCCUGGCAUGUAUGAUAAACUACUUUACACGGAUUGGUCUUUUCUAAAUGUGGAGGUUAAUGCGGAUGAUGCUUUGCGAGCUUUUUAUAAAAAGUUGUAUGAGAUUUUGGAUUUAUUUGUUCCUAAGAGAUUGAGUCGGGGAUCCUCAUACCCUAUUUGGUACACCCCAGAAAUUAAGCGGCUAUUAAAGUUGAAAGAGUAUUAUAGGAGGAAGUGGAGGAGAAGCAAUAGUGCUUUCUAUUCAGCGGAAUAUAAAAGACUGAGAUGUUUGACUAAACAGAAAAUCUCUGAUGCGUAUACUUCCUUUACUAUUAGUGCUGAACAAUCGCUUAGUUCUGAUCCCCGUAACUUUUGGAAUUAUAUAAGACAGAAAACAACGACCUCUCGACUUCCUGGAAAAAUGAUGCGUGAUAAGUCCACCUACACUGAUCCUGAAAAAAUAGUUAAUGCUUUUGCAGAUCAAUUCUCUGGAGUAUAUUCUGGUGUCUCUGCUUAUAACAUGGUUGAUAACAGAUUAUUUACAAGAUGAUUUAUCCACAGGUUCAGUCAUUUGUGUCACCAUAUCAGCAUGGGUUUAUCAAGCGUCGUUCGACCAUUACCAACCUCGCGGUGGUUACUGAGGUAAUUUGUGAAUCUUUGGAUAGGGGCGGUCAGGUAGAUGUGGUAUACACUGAUUUUUCUAAAGCAUUCGACAUGAUUCAUCAUGACGUCCUCUUGUAUAAACUUAGUGCUUUUGGCUUAUCUCCUAAGUUUAUGAAACUAUUUGCCUCUUACCUAUCGGGUCGUAUAAAUUAUGUGUACUACAACGGUUAUGCGUCUAUGGAGUUUACGGCUAGGUCUGGUGUUCCUCAGGGCUCAAAUCUAGGCCCCCUACUAUUUGUUAUCUUCUUGAAUGACCUUCUAGACAAAUUUUCAUCAAGCGUACUAGCUUAUGCGGAUGAUCUGAAACUAUUCCGACCUAUUUUUGCGGACCGUGAUGUUGUCAGUCUUCAGUCGGAUUUGGACGUCUUGGUGGAAUGGUGUAACCGUUAUCAGCUAAAGAUUAAUGCCAAUAAGUGCGGUGCAGUUAGUUUUACACGCAAGCUGUCUCCUCUUCCAUCUUCUUAUUAUAUAGAAGGUGUUCUUCUUGAGAAAUUAUCUACAAUCAAGGAUCUGGGAGUAACUUUUGACCGCAAAUUGUCUUUUGUACCUCACAUCGAAAAUAUUGCAUCUUCUGCAGCGAGGAUGCUUGGUUUCGUUUUGCGCACCUCGCGUGCUUUUUCUGAUAUCGGUGUGUACAAGACCCUAUUUUCGACCUUUGUAUUGUCCAAAUUGGAAUAUGGCUCUGUAAUUUGGUCGCCACAUUAUGUGUGUCAUAGACUUAUAUUGGAGAGAAUUCAGAGGAGAUUUCUCAAAUAUUUGUCUCUACGCCUGGACGGAUCAUACCCGGAUCGUGGAAUGGAUUACGCAUCCCUGCUGCGGCGUCACAAUUUUUCUGCACUAGACGUAAGAAGAGAUGACCAGUGCAUCAAGUUUUUGCAGAAGUUAGUGCAAGGUGAAUUGGAUUGUGGUUGGUUGUUGUCGCGGAUCAUUUUCGCGGUGCCUACGCGUGCAACACGUAGUACAAAUCAGUUUUAUUUGAGGAAUUGCAGAUCCAAUGUUUUAGCCAACUCCCCGGUGCAGAGGAUGUGUAAACUAACUAACAAUCAAUAAUAGUGUAAGAGUGUUUAUGUGAAUUAUAUUUGUUUUAUGGCAUGUGUUAUUUCUUAUUUUCUUUUUCUUGUAAUA